UCGCGUGCUUUGGCUCUUCGACAUUUGAUGUGUGUGUGUUUGAGUGUGUUUUGCCGUAGAAAAUGUGCUUUCCGGGGGUGUUUUGUGAGUGUGGAUUUGUGCAUGAGCAGUGAGAGUAACACAACACACGCGCGCGAUUUUCCGGUGCUUUUCGGCCAAAUCUGCAAUUCGUAGUGCGUCGAAGUCUGGAGCAAAAGGGUGAAACUUUUAGUUUGACUGCAACACAAGAGCUGUGAAGUUCGAAUUUUACUCUCUUCUCUCAAAAUUUUUCACACACUCCAUCCAUUAUUGUAACUUCAGCCACAGCGAAAUAAGCUUUCUUCUUCUCUCUAAUGCAAUAAGUCUGCAUUUAGUGUUGUUUUGUGCAUUUCUGGGACUUCAAAUCGAAUUUAAGCGGAUCUUUGUUCUUCUUAUUCUACAAUAAAACCUGUGAUAAAUGCAAUCGAAUGUGUGUUUGUGUGUGUGUUGAGGAAAACUCCUUGAAAAUUUGACCCCAUGACUGGUGUAUAGUUAAGUAACUGUGUUAAGGCUAAGGGUGGGUAAAUUUAUGGCAACUACUGACACACCGUGAAGAACACACUCUAGAGAGAGACAGAGAGAGAGAGAGAGAGAAGGAGUGAGAGAUGAGGAAAUAAAGGUGCUUUAGUGAAUCGAUAUGAAGGGGUGUUUGCAAGUGUUCUCACAUAAAUAAAGUGUGCUAAAAAAGAGGCCUGAAUUUCUCAAGUGAGAAAUGGUUGAUUUGCCAUCGACGUCGCAGCGAACGAGUGGCGAUGUGUUGAAAAUGAAGCAAUUCAUGGGUCGAACGCCGGGAAUAAUUAAAUCGAAAUUUUUAUCAGUAAUAGGCAGUAGUAAUGAAAUUUUAAAUGGCAUUUCCAGUAAGCUCGAGGCGCUGAGUUUGAGCUCGUCCACGGAGACAUCGAGAGAGACUGAGGACGAGUACGAUAUCUUCAAGCCACAGCCGAUUCCCAAGAAGACAGAGCCCAGUCCGCCGGAUUCCACGAAGACGAAGAUCGAGGAGGAGGAAGAGGACGAGUUUGAUGACUACAUGAUAGACUUUGAGGCGCGCAGAGUGAAGGAGAGACGAGCUCACGAGGAAAUCCUGUCAGGACGAUAUCGACAUCCAAACAUUGUUCCCAGAUUGACGUCGGACAACUUCGACAUGGCAGAUUUGAAUCAUCAUGCGAUUUCCUCCUCAAUUUCCACGGAUAUCAGCAAUUGCUCGAUUGACUCCAAGUCACUGCACGUGGAGGAUGAGGAUGACACUGAGAAGGCGCCGCCGUCGAAGGGUGGAAAACCACUUCAGCCUCAUCCGGCGAUAGAUAUUCAGGCGCCCAGCGAUCGGGCGACGCCUGUGGAGGAGAAAAUGAAGCCGGAAGUGAGCAGUAUCUCAACCAGCGAGUAUGAUCUCUGUCUGCCGAGUGGCGCGAGCUGUGAAUCGUCUGAUUUGAGGGUGUGGAUUCGCUCGGAAUCGGUGAAUUCUGUGCCCUCGUGGGCUUCCUCCAUCAGUCUCGAUAGCCAAUCGGAGGAAGUGGUGCUGGAAUUCAUGAGGCGCUUCCUCACCACACUCUUUGACAAUUCCGGAGCGAUAAGUCUGGAGUUGAAGUCGGAGUUUGGACAAAUGGCACGCACUGAGGCGGGACGAUUGUGGUUCUCACGACUCGUGAAUGCGCAGCGCGUGAAGUCGAAGAGAGUGGAUGAGACGACCUUCUAUUCUCUCGUGCAGUACUUUGCCAUUGUCCUGUUCGAGUGCCACGAGAGUGAGGAUUUCUCACCGGCGAAGAGUCUCAUGAACAUGUGCUUCACUUUUUACCACGAGAUCACAGUUCCGGGGAUUGAACCGUAUCGAGAGUACUUGUACAUCUACUUGAGGGAUCAGCCAAUUUGGCAUUGUCUGCGAUUCUGGAAUGCGGCUUUCUUCGAUGCUCUCCAGUGCGAAAGGGCGCAUCGUCCGGUGCCGCAGACGAAGAGGCGGGGAAAGAAGGGUGUGAGCAGUUUGCCUCAGAGUGACUUUGAUCGAUCUCUGUCAGUGUCCUCCAAGGAGGAUGAGGCAGUGAACGAAGAGGGCGAGCUAAAUAUCGAUGAGGACAACAUUGAGGAUAAGAAUCAUCUGUUUGAGAUCACGGAGGAUGUGAAGUUUCAGCAAAACAUCACUUUUGGCCAAUUGGGGACUUUCACAUGCAACAUGCACGCCUUUGGCCUGAGCAAACAGCUGUGCCUUGAAUUUCUUCGGAAGCAAUGCACCAUAGCAAAUCUGAGCAAGGAGCACGAGAAACUCCUGCGAGACAAUAUUAAUCGCAUGUAUAGAGAAACGGAGCGUUGGAGCGAACAGUAAGACACUCUCUCUGAACACACAUUGACUAAACACAUACUGAGUAUGUUUAAGAGACAAAUUUGUACUUUGCAAACCAAUUCCAACACACUUUUUCAACUUACAGUCUCUCUUUGCGAUGUUCACAAGACAACGAAGGCAAUUGCGAUGGUUAAUUUUAUUGCUGCAAGUGUACUUUAAUAAUCCUCUUAAUUAUGUAUAGAGCGUUUGAAAUUCCUCUCAUUUUCCAAUUUGUAGGCAUUUAAGAGACACGUUAAGAUGGUCUUUUAAAAGCGUGCAUCGAGUGCGGUGCAUGUCUCGGAUGAAAAUCUUUCUCCUCUUUUGUGGAGUUGAUCGCGCGUAUGCGAAAAGUAUUUCAAAUAUAAUUACUUUUUAUACAUUAUGUGAAGAAUAAACAUUGCAAUAUACAAA